AUGUUCCAGACAAACAAACCACGCAGUACAAGUAUUAUUUUAUUAAACUGCCAAGAGAGUGCAUGUGCUCUGCGGACAUGGGGUGACAGCAGGUGGUCCCCUGCCCGCAGCUCCACCGCAUCCUCCCUUCCGAGACAACGCAAACGCUUAACGAACAGCGCUUCGCUUACAGCCUUUCAGGGCUCCCAGGGGACCGAUGUAGCUCUCACCUCCCCUACCUUUCCUCCCCUCCGCAGGGCACCGGUCAUUCCCCGGGAGCCGGCGGAUCGGGGCAGUACCCUGUCCCUACCGGGCUCGUCGCGGCCCGGCUGGGUGCAGAUUUACCGGGACAUCUACAAGCUGGAGGCCGGGGACUCACCGCCCGCCCCCGCUCCGUGCUUUUACGGGAAAGGCUGCAGCCUUUUACCUGCCAGAAGGGUCGGGCUUCUGCCGGCGAGAUCCUGCCGCUCCCGGCUCCGGCAAGCGGCCAGGCGGGGGGGCUGCUGCCGCCGCGGGGGUGGCCGUGGGGGUGCAGAGCCCGGAGCUUGCUGCCCGUGGCCACGGCGCCGCUCCCGGGCCCUCCCGGCCACCCCCCCCUUCCCUCCCGGCGGCGCGGCUCCGCAGGGGGCAGGGCGGGGGGCUCCGCGGGGGCUGCGAUGGGCUGUGCACACGGGGACCCGCGGCGUCUGUCACCUUCUGCUUCUCAUCUUCCUCCUGCCGCACCGGGCUGAGGGCUCUCUACGCUGGAUGUACUUUCUAUGGGAUGCCAAGCACCUCCAGCGGCCGCUGCCCUCCCGCGGGCGGGUUUGGGGAUCAGGGCGCCGGUUGCCUGUCGGCAGCGUCACUCCUGACGCGCCCGUUGCCCUGACAACCGCCGGGGACGCGAAGGGGCCGUGGCCGGGGCCGCCGUACCGCGCAGGUAAAUGUAAAAAAACGUCAGAAAAUCUCACAUCUGGCAAGAAAUCCUUGAAAGGCAUGAAGACCUCAGCAAAGAAACAGAAAGGCAAAUCCAAAGAUAAAAAAUCAGCAAAAGGAAAACAAACAGAACUUGGCAAAAAAGAUGAAGUUGAUCUUUCCAUGGCUGCUAUAGGCCACCCAGAAAUCUUUCCUUUAGUUUUCACUUCAAAGACCCAAGAAAUUUUUAAUUGCCGAGUUAAUGAAGAUGUCACAGAAGAAAACUGUUUCAAGCUUAUUAAAAAAGAGGACAUCAUUCAGGACCUGAAAUCAAGAGCUGCAAUUUCUGAUUUCCACCCUUUCAAAAAAGUUGUCCUAGAAUAUCCAGGGGAAGAGCUUCUGGUAGUUUUUGAUGCAAACUUCCAGUAUGGACAAAACUUUUACCUGGUUGCUUCUGAAGAAGCCAAGCAAAACCUUCUGGAGCCUCCAGAAACUGCAAAGGAAAAAGAAGGAGAAAUAGAAGAAGAAAAAGAAGAAGAUAGAGAUGAAACUCUGGAAGUCCCUCCUUACAAGCCUCCUGUCUCCAAACCCUGGGUUUCUCUUGGCAGUGAAAAAGAAGUUGAAGAAGAAUCUGUUAAAGACACUGCUACAAAGGUUAAGUACAUGAUUUCUCGAGUCCGCAGGAAGUUUGGUGCACCAGUUACAUUUAGUGACACAAAUGCUUCACAUGUAAAAGACAAUUACAUUGAAUGCACGUCCUAUCAAGACAAAACUUUCAGUAAUAAAAUACUUGAAAAAGAUAUGAGUGUACAAAUGGUUCCAAAAGUAAGAGAAGCUUGUACUCAGACAAAAUGGACCUAUCCAAAAAAUACAUCCACACAGUAUUUUCCUAGAGAGUUAUCAAAUGAAGAGAAAGAAGAGAGUCUGACAUCUGAGAAGCUGAAAGACUUCCUCACAUCAGUGCACUUAAGCAUGGAAAUUGCAUUGCAGCAAAAUGAAAUUAUGAAUGCUUUUUUUGAUGACUGGAAAGCCCUAGCAGAAGAUGAAAGCAGUUCUGGUGGCAAGCCAGAUGUUUCUCUUAAAGCGUACCGAUCGUUUACAGACCUGCGUUAUCUCAAGGACAGAGCUAUUGGCUGUGUUUGCUGGCAUCCAACCAUUUAUGGGAUUAUAGCAGUGUCAGCAAGAGAGCGGCUUCCUUAUGAAGUGCAAGGGAACCUUUCUGAUAAAUCAUUGCUGCAGCAUUCAGUAAUACUUCUUUGGAGUUUUUUUGACCCUAUCAACCCUCAGUUAAUAUUGGAGUACCCUGAAGACAUUUACUGCUUUCAGUUCAAUCCAAGAGAUCCAAAUAUCAUUGCUGGUGGCUCCAUCAAUGGACAGGUUGUACUGUGGGAUAUUUCUCAACACGAAGAAAAGCUGCAACAUGAACAAAAUGAUGUUGAUGAAAUGCAGAUGCCAGCUGUUAAUAUGCCACCACUUACACAAGCCCAGCACAGCAGCACAGAGCCACCUUUAGUGAGAUACUGUGCAAUCUCUUCUAUACAGUAUAGUCAUAAAAAAACAGUAACAGCUAUAAACUGGCUGCCAGGUCAUUUUGAGGACAGCCAAACGGAUGCUGCUUCUGAAAGCAGAGCUGAAAUUUGCUUGCAGCUUGUGACCUGCUCCCCUGAUUGCUCAGUAUUAUUUUGGGAUGUUCCAGACGCCAAACUUUCUGAACAACUUUUAUCUGAGAAAAUAAAGGAGAAGGAAACAUUGAAUAUGCCCCUGGAUAUUUCAGAUAUUCUGAAGCAGCUAGAUUUCUCCUGGAAACCUCUUAUAAAGAUAAAUCUCUGCGAAAGUGAUACCAGCACUGAGUACGGUCCCAUCAGAAUUAGUUUGAAGAAUCUGCGUUACCAGUACAAAGCCUCAGAGAAGAUGAGACCCCUGAACACCCUAGGAGCACCUGCCAAAGAGAGCCCAUACACAGAGAUAGGUACUUCUUCAAGCAACAAUCUGAAAGUGCUAGACAAUUUCUCCACCAACUUUUUUGUUGGGACUGAAGAUGGAGAAAUUGUUUAUUCUGACUGGAAAAUUGACGUUAUUAACGACUCAGCAAAACAAGUUUGUAAGUACAGUCAGAAAUACACCAUUCACACUGAACCUAUCAACACUCUCCAGAGAUCUCCAUUUUUUGAAGACAUCAUUCUAAGUGUUGGAGGCAGGAAUUUUGCCAUUUGGAAAGAAGGGAUUACAAAUGGGCCAAUCCUUCAGUCAAAGUGCUCUGCUGGGAGAAACACUGCAGGACACUGGUCCUUAACAAGACCAGGAGUUUUCUUCAUUGGCAGAGAUGAUGGAAAUAUAGAGAUUUGGGACUUGCUGAAGAAAACUCACGAGCCAUCUCAUUUCCAGAGCAUCUCCAAAUCAGCAAUCACUUUCAUCAGCCCCUGGACUGCCUCAGCAGAGAAGAAUUUCUUAGCUGUUUCUGAUGAUCUUGGAGUACUGCAUGUUCUGGAAAUCUGUCAGACACUAAGUGACCCUUCAGAGAAUGAGCAUGCCACCAUACUUGAUUAUUUUGAAAGAGAAGUCAAAUAUCUGAAGCACUGUGAACAAGAGUUUCAAGAGUAUCAAGAGCUUCAAGCCAAAACAGAACUGAAACGGAGCUGGAGGCACAGAGGGAGUAAACAGUAUAGUAUGACUGCACUACAGGAAACAAAAGAGGAGAUGGAAGAGCAAGAAAAUGCAGACUACACUAUGUUUCUGGACCUGGAGAAGCAGAUAUUAACAGCUUUAGGAUUAGUAAAAGGACAAGAAAUCCCUUCCUCAUCAGAAGCUUUGAGCCCAUUAUCACCUGUAGAACCAGUGAGCUUUUUAUUUUUGGACCUCUUUAUUUCAGCAGAACAUGGUUAG